AACACAAGCACUUUCAAAAUGGCGUUCGGGCGGUAUACGCAUGCGGUCGUCUGUCGAGUUCCCAACAGCAUCAAGGAAUGUUCGUCGGGUCUUAUAGGCGACAUAAACGUUGAAUUGGCGAGAAAAGAACACGAAGAAUUUUGUAAAACUCUUCGUAGCCUUGAUCUUGAUGUCAUCGAACUGCAGGCCGACGAGUCAACACCGGACUGCGCAUUCGUUGAUGACACGGCGAUCAUUUGCAACGGUGCUGCCUUAAUCUGCAGGCCAGCUAACGGAGAGCGCCAGAAGGAACUGGACAUAAUACGGGCUACCAUCAAGAAAGAACUGGGCAUUGCAGUAAUGGAAAUCCGGGAUCCAAUGGCAAUUAUUCAAGGUGGAAACGUGCUUUUCACAGGUCGUGAGUUCUUUGUGGGUAUAUCAGCUUGGACAAAUGAGGCAGGAGCACGGGCACUGGCUGCUGCAUUCCCCGAAUAUCCUGUGACACCUGUAAAACUGCCCAAGCGAAACCAUCUCAAGGCCCUUUUGUCCAUGGCUGGCCCCGAUGUCAUCUGCCUGUCAGACAGCCCGGAGGCACAGGCUGUGAAAAGGCAAGUGGAAAGAGAAGCAACAUUCCAGUACCAGACAGUAACUUUGCCUGAAGAGAGGGCAGCAGGCUGUUUAUACAUUAAUGGGCGUUUGCUGCACAGGCACGAGUUCCCAAAUGCAAACCAGGAGUUUGCCCAAAAGAUUGACUAUGGCCGUGUCACACUUGCGGUAACGGAGCUGAGCAAAGGCAGCACGGGUCUUCCCAGCCUGGCCCUUUUGGUGCGAAAGAGCAGGCACCAUUGAAGCCAGGAACACAUCCAGCUUUUAUGCAUUUGCAUGCCCCACCAUUCCACUUUGCCGACUCUGGUUAGGUACUGUUCAAACAAGUAUUAUGUGCAGGUCAUGUGUUGCCAAUGCACAAGAUAAAUGACAGCUUGCUGUAGUGUUGGAAAGAAAGAAUAUUUGUUUGUCCCCAAGCAUUUUGUCAAGCUUCGUGUCAAAGUAUCUGUUGUCUAACAACUGAUUGGUGCAUAGAGGUCUCAUGCAGCCCAACUUUUUUUACCUACAUAAGUGCACACAUGCUUGUUGCUUAUUGAGCAGAGCCAUAAAUGAGCAUGACAGUGCCAGUCUUUUAGUCCCAUCCAGCCUUUAUUUUAGGUUAAAGCUCUGGCUUUUGCCUUCAACAACUCUUCUUAAAGCAUCAAUACAUUGCAGUUACGUUGUGGGCAGCAAAGUACACAGAAGUAUGAUUUCUGCUUGUGUGUUCAUGAUGUUUCACAUGAUGUUUCAUUUUGGCUCAUAGACUUGCCCACACAGACAUCACAUUGGUUGCUGCAUUGUUUAUCUCUUAUAACCAACUCAUUGGUGGGUUGCAGAUGUUUUAGCUCUUAUUGAUGGUCACAUGUGGCAUUUUUUUCCCUUCAGUGAGCAUUAUUUUUAUACUGCUUCAUGCUCAACUGUGUGCACAUUGAAAAUUAUGUUAAACUAAAACAAAAGAUUGCUUAUUAUGCCUUGAGGCAAACUUCUUGAUUUGUGAUAAUGUGCCAUGGCUUUCAUUAUUGUUUGCAAAAAAUGUUUAACUGUUCAAAUGUCCAAAUGUGUGGGUACUAGCACCAGACGAAAAAUGAUAUCAGUCAUACAUUCUCAUUGGCUUCUAUAGCUAUUUUCAUUAAUUGGUGUUUACAUUUUCUUCUUUCAAAUCAAUCUUAAUUCCAUCAGCUUACAAGAACAAAUAACAUUGCGCUUACUGAAUGUCAGAGUGGAUUUCCUGUGCCUUUCUUAAGUUUUGUUCACUCAUUGUCCAUUAAUAUCAGGUGACAACAGAUAGCGUUAGGCUGAUUUAAUGCUGAUGUAGAUUUCCGUUGCCUUGCAUAAUGCAAGGAAGUUCUGCACUGAGAAGCAUUCCCUUACGAAAUGUGUGCCUUGGAAGCUAUACGUGUGCUCAUGUAUCAUUAUAAUUCAUUGUCGUAGCACUAUGCUUUCAGCAGCUUGUUUAUACUAAGCACAAGGAAGUACCAUCAUUAUGCAUUGUGAAAGUUUUAUUGUACAUCAAGCAUUGUGUUCCAUUGUUAAAAGCAUUGCAGCUACGCACAAACAAAGAUGUGUGAAAAAAGAAAGCUUUUAUUAUUGCAUUCAACAGUUUGAGGUGCGAAAGAGCUUGUAAAAUUGUGAUGAUAAUUUGUGCGCACUGGUUAAGAAGUUUACUCCUGCUUAUUCAUUUUGACAUGAAUAGUUAUGAGGUGUGUCAUGUGUUAUGUGCAUGAAAGAGACGAAAAACUUUGCACAUAACAAAUUGCUGGAAAUUGCAUUACUGGCAUAGCUGCACUGACUGUGUGUAGCAGUACUGAGCAAUUUAUAGUUUGGAAUAACCUUGAGUACAUUGGUGGGCACUCAUAAGGGCUAGAAAUGCUUAAUAUUUCAAAAGUUCGCAAAUAAAUUUUUAAACCAGCUAGGGAGCAUUCUUUAGUGCAGUGAACAUAGACAAGUACAUCAAUUUCACCUUAAAUUGGUUGUCAUGGGCUGCUUUUUUCUUCUCCAGCAUGCUUGCCUUAUUUCUGUAGUCAGUUUUAGGUUUCAAAUGAAAGUUGAUACUAUUUUGGAUGGCUGCUAUUCCUUGUGUUGACAGUGCACUGUCUGAAAUGUGUAGUUAAGCAGGUCUCCAAAAAAUUGUACUAGUAGUAAAUAACUGGAAUUAGCUUCUUUUUCUAUGAUCUUGCUGCCAAUAUCCUCACUGCGCCAAAAAUAUGCUGAUUUUAUGUGCUUGCAUUCUGCUCUGCCUAGUGCCUUGUAGAGCACCACGCGGAAGUAAAAGCUAAACUGUGUUUUGGACUGCUGUGCUGCGUGUGGGUUCACAGCCUUGUGGAUGCCCAAUCACUACAAAUUAAGUGCCAAGAAAGCAGCAAAAGGUCUGUAGGAUUGUGUGCAUUGCACUAUGUUGCAGUGUGCUGAAUGCAGUCAUAUCUGUAUGUAGCAUACACAGCUAUCUUCAUUAGAGCCAUCCCAGACAGGCCCAUUUUGACACAGUGACUGUUUUUAAGCUUUGUUUAUAUAAAUUUCUUUUUGCUUAGCUAACUUGCUUUGCAAACAUUAGGUUUGCCCUAUGUAUGAUAUGCAGAUAAGCAUGUCUUGAGAUGCUGUGGGAAUGUGUGUCCUUCAGAAUGCAGCAGCUAGCAAAGUGAUUUAAGCACUUGUCAAGGUUCAUGGUGGACAUUAUUUAUCAGGUAAUGUUAACUGACCUGAAUUUUUUUUAUGCGCUUAACAGUUGCUAUGGUUUAUUAGGGUGGUUAUAGUCUAACCCAAAUGUAACAAGCAGCACUUCCUGUCAAAGGCCUUGUUAAGUAAAAAAAAAAUUGUUAAAGGAAGUUUUUAUGUUUUUGUAGUCCAAAAUGCUACACAGAUAGGAUCCUAGAACGUAUAAGCCGGCUAGAACGGUGUCAGUAAACAUGUCUGAAUAAAAUAGCGCAAGAAACCUGGGCAAACAUUUUGCAAUACACACUCUGGUCAUCAUUUUGUAUGUUCAGAAUGUUUACUGCUGCGUGCAGUGAAAAAAAGAAGAAAAAAAGAAAAGCUUUUUUUUUUUUCUGUGUGCCGUACAGCAGGAAUUUUAGUGCAUUGGCUCCUUUAAAUUUUUAUGACUAUGCCUCAGGAUUGUGAAGUGAAGCUCUCUGCUAGCUUUUCCAUCCUCCGUGAUUUCCCUGCAACAUAGAGGGCAGAAGAGCUUGGAGCAAGUGCUGCAGUGCCUUGGAAUGGAAUGCAGGGUGUGGGCAUUGUAUUGGGAUGGCAGAUGACACAGUGGUGCAUUUUGCUUGAUAGCUGCUUGCCUAUACUUGCUGGCAGCACCUGUAGAUGUAAAGAUGCCAGCAAACAGUAGUUCAUCUGAGCUUUCUUUUGUUUUUGUUACAUGAAGGCCCCUAGUGCAUGCAACGCAAUGCGUGAUGUCUUUGUUAUGUUGAAACUGUGAUGCAAAAUUAGUUAAUUAAGUCAUGAUAAAUGAUGCAUGGCCUUUGAUGGAGCUAAGAUUGGAAAAGUAAAAAAAAAUAUUGUUGAAUUGGGGUUCAUUAUACCAAGGUUUAACUGUAGUUGUGUAGGAACUGCAGUAGAUGACAAAGGAGAAUUACAUCUGUUGCUAGACAAAUGGUAGUUCUUAUUGGAUGGUUUUCAGUUUUUCUGCCACAGUUAAUUAUUUUGUCAUGUGUGUCACGAUUUGUCACUUGCUGUUGUGUAAAGAUGUUGCAUUGCAUAUUGGUUAGCAGCAGUAGAGCUGUUAUAGGUGUAUGCCUGGUUGGGACUGUAGUGUUUCCAAUGGUCGUUAUCACAGGUUUAUACAUUUGUGUUUCAAGAAAAAAAAAAGAACAAGCUUGCAUACAGUGCUUUCACAUAUGUAUUAAGAAAGCAUAUUAUAUACAUCAGUGAACUGUGCAUCUGUGCAGUCACCACAUGUAAGAAUUUGUGCUGCAGAGCCUAGAUAUUAAUGAGAAAUGAUUAUUGCAUAUGAAACAAUGUACUCAGUCAAGAGCAAGUGACUCGCAAGGACAAGUUCAUUUGCCAUUAGUGUGACGAGUCCAGUGCUGUAGCUAGCACAGAAGUGUACAGUAUUAGAGCAAAUAGGAUACCCCCAUUCACAAAAAUUCUAUAAAAGAAAAAUAUAUCAAAGGAGAGAGCAAAGUUUGGUACAGGGCUGUCAAACAAUGCCAUGGUGUUCAAAUAGUUUUAAAGAUGAUCUGCUUUGAUUCUUGUAAGGUGAUUUUGUUGAAUUUAAUAGUUGAUGUUUGCUGUGUAAUAAUGUAGUUGCUGUACUGCUUGGUUCAUUUUGGCUGUAGUUGCCACACGUACAUUCCACUCAUUCUGCUUUGUAAAUCCCUCUACUAGUUUGUUUUUGUUUCUCUAUUCAAGGAAAGGUUGUGGAUAGUAAUGUUCCUUGCUUUAUUGUGAUUAUAAACCUGAGGCCUAUAAUCUUUAUGGUUCUGUGGUCCAGCUAGUCAGACGUCUUGCUGACAUUGAAAUGCUAGCAUUGUCAAGCAGUGCUUUCUUGCAGCUGUUUUUCAUGUUACCUCUAGUGUGUCACUACAAUAUUUGUUGUGUUCGUGUUACUAUGUUAUGCAAUUCCACUGCUCCAAAUGCACAUUCUUUCCUUUUAUUUUUUCAUUACUUGACAGAAUGUCAUGUAUGUGUUCAUAGGAUUUACAACUGUGGCUCCUUAUUGUAAUGCAGCUUUUUCUGCACAAGGCCUUGUAGCAACUCAAGUGUUUACUGUCUACAGUACCACAGAACUUUUUCCACCAGCGUGAAAAGCAGAAAAGCUGAAAGCAUUCACUUAAAUGUGACCGUAGACAUAAACAUUGUAUGACAUUGAAGUACUACAUAAGAGUUUGCAUCAUUAUAGAUUCAAGAAAAGUAUAAUGUAUAAAUGGUAUAAUCAUUACUGUUGUGCAAGUUGUAGCGCAGUGUUCUGCAAACAAUACUUGUCGCCUGUUAACAUACUGAGAACUUCUUGCACGGCUGGUUGGUGCACAAUUGUUAAAAAGAAUACUGGUGCAAAAAAAAAAAAAAAACAGACGCAGAGAGGAACAACAGGAACAAAAGAAAAAACAGGAGCACCUAUUAACAUACUACUCCUAUUCCUGAUUUUCUAAGCAGCUUAUGAACGAAGUGCAACAUGUGGCCACCUAAGUAUGAAAAAGAAAAAGUGCUAACACACUCUGUGCAGCUACACAGUUUACACUACUCCAAAAAUAAUCUUAAAAUGUAAUUCUCUCCAAAUCAGUCAGACCAAGUUGGGUCACACUAACAUAACUUUGAAACAGGGUCCACUUUACUAAGUCUUAGUGUCCUCAUUACCUGUUUUUACAUUUGAGGCUUAUUCAUUUUGUGUAUUCACCAUCUGCCCAUGCAUAUAUGUGUGCAGCUUGUUUGUUAUGUGGAUUAUAUUAUUGUGAUGUCUGGCAACAGUCAAAAUUAAAUGGAUGCACUGCUUGCCAUGGAUGCUCUAAAUGUGCCUAUAAUACAGCUUUUGUUUCCUGGGCGUAGGUUUUGUAAAAAAAAUGUGCACUUGUUUUCAUCAUAUCGUUCUGAUGUAAGCAGUGGUAGCAGCUUCCAAAAUAAAUGAUGUUAUUUUCAGUA